GCUCUUAGACAAGCGGAGUCAUCGAGUCACCAGUGCAAGCCGAUGUGCUUCUAUCCUUGUAGUGUUGUUUCUGUCUUGCUACGAUGUCUUUUACGGAAGACUACGUUUUCCCUUCAGAUAGUGAAUUAACUGUAGAAGAAUUAAACAUAUCUACCCCAGCGUUACGUGCAGGAGCCUACCAUUUUGGGAAAUACUGCGAUGAGCAAAGCAAGGAAUUCAUGCUUUGCAAAAAGGAGGAGAACGACCCUCGACGCUGUCUAGCAGAUGGGAGAGCUGUCACUGCAUGCGCUCUAGAAUUUUUUCGCAAGGUGAAGAAAUCUUGCCGUCAGCAAUUUGAUGACUACGCUCACUGCCUCGAGUUCUCCAGUUCCAGGAUGGAGUACAAUAAGUGCCGCAAAACUCAAGCUGCCCUAGACAACUGUAUGCUGGAGAAUCUGAACAUUGAACGCCCACACUUGGGGUAUUUUGCGAUGCCAAGAAUUCAUCACACAGAAAGGCCCAAGCCUAAGACGGAGCUCAGGGACUCGUACGAACAGACACCAGGAUUACCCGAUGACUUUCCAAGGGAGCCGGCCAGGCACGGAACUCGGGCCUACUGGUAUAUGUAGCUAGUUUGGCACACUGCAAGUAUGUUGUCCCCACAGCAGCAGUAGGAUGCAAACAUUGCGAGCCAUGAAAUGUAGUCUUUAGCUCCUGGGAAAUCUGUUGUAGGAGAAGUCAUUGUAAUAAAGGGAGUAAGGUAUGGA